CCCCAAAUAACAUUCUUGUUGAGUUUUCUCUCAGGAGGACAUCGUGGGAUACGAGGCAAUGCGAGAUCGCUUUGGCGCGGAGGUUGAGUCCGGGCUGAUCGAGGUCAUCUGCGCCCCGGACUCGUUCUACCCGUCGUACAUCGACGGGGAUGGCGACAAAGGCAACUGGAAGCACGCACUCGACGUGUCCUUCCUCAUGAUGUACUCACAGGAGAGGGCAGAAUUUUACUUGCAGCUCACUGACGAAUCCCACGUUAGCAGGGGUUUUGUCACAAAAAUGCAGUGGUUUGCCAUGGAGCUAGAGGCAAAACAGUACUGGAUGGCCAUCAAGUACUCGGAGCAGGGUUUUGCAGGAAAUUUGUUUCUAAGUUCCGAGUUACCGCGCACCAUUCAGUUCUUCCUCAUGUUUUACAAUGACCAGAAAAUCGAGGAUCUAUUUAAAAACUUGGUGUACGCAAAAGCUUGCAGACCGGGGAUGAUUCAGGCCGAAUGCCAGAGCCGAAUGAACAAAGUUUGGGUGAAGCACAAGGUGCCGCUGAUCCGCGUCGGCUCCGCGACACGCUCGCGCAACAACUCUGACGUCGCCGCCGUCCUCGUGGUCUGACUCGCCUCAGCCGCGGGCGCGGGAGCCGUUCGUCUCGCAGAGGCGGCCCGAUCAGCCGACCCGGGUAGCGUUACUGUUGCUGUUGCUGCCGAGGCUGCAAGCCCCCUGCUGCCGGAACUCGACGAGUACCAUGAGGUACGUCAGGAUCAUCAGGCACACCGACAAGACCAUCCUCCUGUUGAGGCACCAGAAGCCGGCGACGCACACCGACUCGGGGCUGUACGACAGCGCCUCCCGGAACACCUGUGCGUCAGAUCGGCGUCAGCGUGCAUUACGAGUCAGUCAGCCUUAUGGCCUACGUUUUGCAUACGGCGUGUGUGUACCCACCUCGCGAGCGAACGCGAAGUUGGUGACGGAGAGGGGAUCGACGAGCUCGAACGAUCUGGCCAAAUUGGUGACCUGGAACACGAAGAGGGCGGCAGGCUUAUUCACAGUGGGUGAGCGGCACGUCGACCCCGUGGCCGUGGGCUGCUCACCGAGUCCACCGCGCGGUCUGCAGACCAGCACAUGAUGAUGAGGAGUACACCGAGCUGCGAGGACGAGCCCAGGAGGCCGAGGGUCUGGUGCAGGGGUGCGCCGCCCAGGAAGCAGUUGAGCACGUGGUACACGCACAGCACGUUGUUGAUCACCAGCAGGGCGCAGACGAUCGUCACCGAGACGGGGGCGAUCAUGACGCCCUGUAGCAUGUCGCGUAGCGUCAGCCACGCCCGCCGGUAGCGCAACAGCUCGGCGCAGCUCAUCUCUUGAGAGGCGUCCUGCGUGGCCGGAUGAACACAAAUCGCGGGCUUCUAUACUGUGUCCUUUGAGUGAUGGGCGUUUUUCGAAUAUGAUCUAUUUUACAUUAAAUUGGUCAUUAUGACAA